UUGGCUGUAUUUGUAAAGGAUACAUUUUUGAUAAUGUGUCGCAAACAUAGUUUAACGUAUCAAAACAACUUGUGCAGACCUUUUAUAUUAUUUUCACUACUCUGUCAACGGUGUAUGAACAAAUGUGUGCAAAAUUUGGCUAUACAUUGUUUUUAAAAAAAUGCUGUCUUAACUUUUUAUGUACUUUUGACAUUGUGGUUAAAAUCUUUAAUUAAGUCACAUCAAGCUUUGAAUGAAAUCUACUGAUUUUGCUUGUUUGUGAGGAUUGAAAAUGUCUUAAAUUAGAAAACGGUUUGAAAAGGGGGGACACUUCCCCACCAGUUGUAAUAAUUUAGUAAGCUUAUUGAUAUUGGUUAUUGAUGUGGUUUAAAGUCAUCAUAUUGGUCACUACGUAAAAGUCCACACAACGAUAAGUGUCCCGUGCGCGUGUUAAGCAGAAACGAAGGGAAGAAAAUAAACAAACUCAUCUAAAGUAUGUCGGAAGUGAAUGUUUGAGAGAAACACCAACAUGGGGACUUGACGCGGAUGCACCACUACACUGCAGCUGUGUGAGAGUUUUUGUGGGGGGCCACGAGCAGUGAUUUCAGCCCGCGCUUAAUCCACAUCACAAACCACCACCGCCGCCGACCGAUCUCCAAGGACCCGCGCUCUCGUCACACCACGUCCGGAUGAAUAUGUGAUUUUCUCGCGCUCGGUUGAAUGUGUAGCUUUAUGCGGGGACGCGCAUCAUUCCCGAGCCCAGGCGGAUGAUGGAGAGGAAUUUCCCGAGCUCCGGCUUCACAGAGCCGGUCACCGCGGCGGCGCAGACCGCAGGCUGGGCCUACAAACCCAGCUCCAGUUAUGGUUCCACUCAGCUGGACUCUGAACUUCUCCAACGGCAGACCUUUGUCUCAAGCCACCAGCCCUCUACAUACACUGCCACCCACCAUCCCACAGGAGUGUUUGACUCCAGUCAGCAAAGCACAGCCAGCAGCAACACUACUGAAUCAUCAGUCAUGAACUUCCUCUCUACUAUUGAAUCUCGAGGCCUUCAGGCUGGACCUGCUGGCUCUACUCUUCUCCCUCCUUUUAGAAGCCCUUCGUGGCAAACUGGUGCCAACUGCUCAACAGAACUCUUCCUCACUGGCGCCCUUCAUCCACCUGGAACUUUUCAUUCUCCAUCCGCGCUCCCAUCCUAUCAGCACCCCAGUGCCUUUCCUACCAGAAGUUUCACCACUACAUCAGCACUUGCUGUUCCCGACAGUACUUUCACCUCUUCGAACGGCCUGCUAUCCCCAACCGACCCUCUCCUCCAGCUCAAAUCCUCCCAGAGCACUGUGCCAACCGCACUUGCUUUUAACCGCCUUGGUGGUACGUCUCUAGGUGUUGCCUUGCCACCCCAAUCCUCUACAUAUCGUUCGGCACAAGAGUCUGCACCACACCUCCUUCAGCCUCAGUUUAGCCUUCUGCCCGCAGCCUUGGGCAGCUCCCAACAAGCCCCUCAGCCUUAUGGUGUUCCAAUUUUCUCAGGCUCCAUUGAACGAGCACUUCAGCGUGAAUGUAGUGUUAUCAAGCACCUCCAGCGGCCUUCCAGCACACAACCAGUCCAGGAACAAAUGGUUGGCAGUGCUCAGCACUCCCUGCAGGGUUACCUGGAUGAAAACAGCGACAUUUCAUAUCAGCAGGACCCUUCUUCAAGUACACCGGUACCCUGCAGUCCCGUUGGUGAAAGUGUUAAUGGUGGUACACAGCAGAAGACCACUUCCCAAGUAACACUGCAGCUAACUCAGGCCUACGCUUCUACUGUAUCCUCUCCGGGGUUCUCCAGCUCAUCCGGACUAAAGGUUAAAGAAGAUUCUUACAAAGUAGCACAACAUCCCAGCGACAAUGAAGACACUGACGUCCAGACAAGCUCCCCAGGUUCGCAGCAACACAACUAUCAAUCCCCAGCCCAAAAACAAAGCUCAGUAAUCGCUAGCCAGUCGCAACCCUACACAUCUGGCAUGGUGUCCAUAAGCACCGCACAUUCUUACAUCAGCUCUACAAGCCUGACAAGUAACCUCAGCCAAACACAGGCCUUCUCCUCUCAAAAGCUGCCUUCCAUUUACAAGACUCUCUCACCAUUCGCUAGUCACUCUGAAGUUGAAACAUCUGCCAACCAGUCUAUUGUUUAUUCUUCCAGUCAACCGCAGGAAUUAACGACUGCAGGACACCGGGAGGGGUAUGAGACCCAGACGCAAGGUCUUUGCAUGGUAAGUCCUUCUCAAAGCUAUUCUUCCAGCCACUCUCAGGUCCUACCAACCAUUAGUUUCUAUACUCAAGGGCCAACUGUCUGCAUCCCUUCACAGAACUACACAUUGGGUCAGUCCCUUACCCCCAGUACCAACUUCUCACCUGGUCGUGGGCGAAGUUCAUCAUCCGUUAACUCGACCCAGGACUUUGCCCUGACGCAGCAGAGUAACAAGACCGAUAGUGCACUGUUACAACAAAAGUACAUAUUAUCUGUCCAGUCAUCAACGUCCUCUAAAACCCAAGCCUUAUCAAAUGACCAAUCCUCCUUGGAAAUAAAAUCAGCAUAUGGGAAAAGCGAAGAGGAUGAACACAUGUUUUUGUCUUCUAAAGAGAACUCGGGAGAACUUACUAUCGAGGAUGUGCAGGCGUUACAGAAAGGGACUUCCCCUCAAAGCCUUUCAGGCAAUGAAGUUGAAGCACAAAACGGCACAAAAAAUGUUGUUUACGUAUUUUCAAAGAUGGAAGAUAGACACAACACGCAAAGUGUGAUUCGUAGCAAUUCUCGAUCAGAAGAGCAGGUUGUAGGUUUCGCACAUUUGGAAACCACAAAGGAUGAAAGAAUGGUUUCUACAAGCCAACAGACUCAGAUAAUCACCAAUGCUAACUCUCCCUCCGACUCCAAGAGUAGCUCUUUAUUAAUGCACUCAACCCAUGCACAACUGAGUGGCGACCAGCUGAAACAGCACAUGCUCCUUCUUAAAGCACCCGGUUCUCAGCAGCAUAACCAUCAGGCUCAGAUGAUCAGAGUUCAGCAGGCAGACCCCAGACAGAUGUCUGAGGACCAGACCAAGUUUAUCCGAUUUCCAAGUGCCCAAGUUCUGCUAGAACCCUCUCACAUGAUUGUCCUUCAACAGCCUGUGCUCACACCCGGACAGAAUCAACCCAAGCAAGCCAUGUACAUGCAGUCUGUACCAGUCCAGUAUGUCCAGAUGAACAGCGACACUAUUAAUGUGACUCUUCAUGGACGACAGAACCAGCAGGUUGUUCCUCACCAAGUCCCCACUUCGGAGUCUACAAAACAAAACUCAACACAGAAAGACUUUAACCUGUCCAAUCCUGACACAAAGCAGAAUUUUACCCUAAAUUCUGUUUGCUUUCCAGAGUCCAUGCUGUUGGCUGAUGAAAGGAGCAUCCUCUCAAAUGUUGAUGACAUCUUGGCGGCCACCGCGGCCGCAUGUGGCGUCACGCCGCAGGACUUUGUCAAAUCCACAUCUUCUGAUACAGACACGUCAUCGGCGCACACCCCAACAGACUCAAAGUGCCAUUUUCAGUCAGUUGAGAACAGACUUAAUAGCUUCCCUUCUCAACAUAUGAUAAUUGGGAACUCGCAAACCGUAACUAUAAACGGUUCUCAGAUAUUGUUCUCUAAAGAUGCAGGCGGACAACAAGUGUUUACAAUCUCAAAUUCUCAAAACCAACAGGAGUUUAGCAACAGUUCUGCACAAGAUAUAUCUGGCAAGGUAGUAGUUUCUCAAAAUGAUGCAUUCCACAAAGGACAUUAUUUAGACAAUGGCUCUGCUUUGAAUGCUAACGGUCAUGCUAUUAGCAACACAUCGUCUGAUUUUCAUUUGGCUGGUCAGGAGUAUAGCCCAUCAGAACAUGGGAAUUCCGAAAAUGUGUUGAAUACCAAGCACCAGCCAAAGGUAAUGCAAGGCAUUAAAAUAGACAGCGGUCCAACUGACCAUCCCAUUGACGGUCUUCCAAAAAAACGAUUCCGGUCUAAAAGUUCAUCCAAACAGUCUGUUGAGGAUGAAAAUGGUCAACCCAAAUCUCAGAAGAGAACCGCGCAAACUAAGCGACAAAAUUCACAUCCAAAUGAAGCAAGUUCAACCACGGAUGUUUGCCCUGAUAGCUACCAACAGCAGGAGAAGAUGAAUCAGAAGUUAAGGGAGGUUGAAGAAAAACAGCCGGAGGUCAAAAAUGGAUUCUUGGGCUCUUUCCUGGACUUCCUCAAAUCUGGACCCAGGCAGCACCUUUCAUCUCCACCAGUACGAACACCCAGUCGAACUAGAAAGUCUUCGGUCUCAAAGAGGACUCCUAAUCCGAUACUUGCUUCUUUUAAACCUCCACCACCUUCAACCCCGUUGAUGUCUCCAGAUCAUCAAAGUGUCAUUGCUACGAAGCGGCUUGACGAAGAUCUGCAGAGGAACCUGGAAACACUGCCAUCGUUUUCUUCAGAUGAAGAUGAUUCAGUGGGUAAAAACCAAGAUCUGCAGAUGAGCAUCACUUCGGCACUCUCGUCUUUAGAUGAACCCUCAGACAAAAAGCAGAAGUCAGGUGAUUACAUACAGCACAUUCAGUCCUCCAGCACGCAGCCUACAGAUGUCAAACCACAGGAACAACAUAAUGCUGUACAGAUUUCUGCUGAGGAACUCUUGAAAGACGUACCACCAGACAAGCUCGCUGUUCAACUGACCACCGUUGCUAUAGAGGGUCUGAUGGACGAUGAGCUGUCAGAUAGUGGUGGAGAGGGCAUGUACCGGGAGCGGGAUGAGUUUGUGGUGAAGAAUGAAGACAUUGAAAGACUGACAAUCACAUUGACAGCAGGGGUUGAACCACCCGCCAUAUGGAAAGUUCAGAAAGCCCUGCUGCAGAAAUUCGUACCAGAGCUAAGGGAUGGAAAACGGGUGUUUUUUGCCACCAACAGUUAUUUGGGGUACUUUGGUGAUGCAAAAUCUAUGUACAGAAGAGUACACAUCAAAUUUCUUGACACUGUCAACAAGCGAGAAUAUGUUCGAGUCUGCAGCAGGAAACCACGAUGCAAGCCCAUGCAUUCGAUGAGAGGUUCCCAGGCUAAAGCUCUUCUGGCCCAGCGAUUCACAAGUGCAAUUGUGUCCGACUCUCCCACACAGAAAACCGCACAACAGAAAUCUCUGUCUAAACCCAGACCCAAACAGAUGAAAGCCAAGGCCGAACCUCCACCCAAAAAGAGAAAGAAAUGGAAAGAGGAGUUUCCCACAUCUCCCUGCAGCUCCUCACCGGAGGCACUGAGUGAAGAUGACGAGUUUACGCCUCCGGUUCCUUUCGCCUCUCGUUUCCUAAACACCAGAACGAUGAAGGAGACCUUCAAGAGCUUUGUAGAGCUGCUGAUCAGUGUAGCCCUGGACGCAGAUGUUAUGAACUCACUAGAGAGAGAGAACGAUGAGCUGCUGUUACCUCACAUGAAGAGGGUGGAUGGGAUGAUCACGGAUAAUAGACGGAGACUGCUGCCCAAACUGCGCAUGGGUCAGAUCUUCAAAAAUGCAUUAGACAGCUUUCCUGAGCUGUCUGUGGCAACCGAGCUGAACACGGACAGUGAGACCCCCGUUUUUAAAGUGAGAUUAAGUGGAAGGGCAUACAACAGGAAGACCAUGAAGCCCUCCAAGUCCCCCAGCAAAGUUCCCCUGGAAUAUACAGUGGAUCAGCAGAAGACAAAGUGGUUUUCUCUUUAUCAUUCUCUACAACACUAUAAGUACCAUACAUACCUGAUGUGUAUGGAGGAGAUCGAGUUGUUGAAAUCUCGAGGUAAGGACCUUGGGCAGAAGGAUACAGUGCAGACGUGCAUGGAGAACAGGGCGUGGGUAGAGGGUCUGUUCGAUCGCUUCGGGGAGCUUCUGACACAGGUGCAGCAGGCCUGCCUUUAACAGAAGAUACGAUUAUGCUGAUAGACAACCAUGUACAGAGCAUUCAUAAACCCUGCUGUUCAGGGUGUUUUCACACCUGAGCGUUUGUUUCGUAACUUGGUGUGUUUUCAUCCUUGGUUCGGUUCGCUUAGGCUAAUGUGAACAUGGGCCCGAUUGCAAACACUGUAGCGGUUCUCUGUUUGAAUAAGUGUGAAUGCAAUCCGACCCAACGGACCAGGCUUUAUGAUGUAGAUGUAUAAAAGAGCAACAAAAACCUCAUCAAAUCUGUAAAUUUCUUCAUAUAAUAGCAGCAUGCAUUAAUGCACAUAUGAGGUUUAUCUAUUCUGAUUAUCCUCUAUGAUACCCAUAAAUUAAAAUCAUGACCACAAAAUGGUUUAAUUAAAUAAAAAAUGAUGUUUACUUCACAAAUUUAAAUAAUCGACAUGCUGCAAUUUAGGAAAAGCAAAUACUAUACCUAUGAAAUUAUUACAUCAUUAUUACUGUGCAGCGUGUGUGUUUGUUAACUAGUUUGCUGAAUCGCUUCUGAAAAACUACAUAACUUAAAUUAUUAUUUGUUAUUAACAAAUUACCAUUUAACCACUGUUUUUUUGUUCUUGGGUCUUAUUACUUUAUUAACCAUGAACAUACCUGAUUCAAAGCUCGCCUAUUCCUUUUAAAAUGUCUUCUAUUUGCUCUUCACCGCAGUAGGUACAUGGUAUGAAUGUUGUCCCACCUAAGUUUUGGUUUUCUACUCUAAAUAAAUAAUAAAGUAAUAUAACAGCAGUUACCGAAAAAGCCACAAUAAUCUCGCGAACCUGAUGAUGGUUCAUCCUGAUAUAUGAAAACUUUGAACAGAAUCCCGGAAAAUGAACAGAUGCACUCUGACCAAAUAAAGGAGAGUUUACCCAUGCGUGACUUGUAUUAACAAAGAUGGUCCGUUUCAAAAUACUGCCUUGUGAAUGUGAACCGAACCAAGAUGGAAUUCCAACAUUGUAGAGAUCUAACCCAUGUUUUCGGAGUAAGCAAUCGAUCUACAGAUGUGAAAACACCCUUCAAAGCACUGCUGAGGACAGACAUCAAGAAGAAGAGACGAGUGAUUGUUUCAGCAAACGGAAAGAAAUUGACCAAAAUGGCUGACCGUGAGACAGUGGACUUGAACUGUGGUUUUACAUGUAAUCCUGCUUUGUUGUUUUAAAUAGCUGGCUAAACUCACUGUAGUUGAGUAUUGUCUUCAUUGACCAUCAUUAUUUUUAUAUUCAUAAAGAGUUGAUGUUGGUGACUGCUCUGCUAUUCGAUACAGAUUGUCUCGCUGAGGAUUUUUAAACCCCCUAUGGUUUAAAAACAUAUAAUGGUUAACAUUAAGAUACUGUAUACAUAGAGAUAUAUGUAAGACAUCCAUUUUUUACAACUGAAUGCCAAAUUUAUAAAUGUACAUUUUGUAUAGAAAACUGGUUUGUCAGAGGAUUCUCUUACAGAUGGCAUAAUAUAGAACACUUACCCCAUGUGCUUUUUACGCUCCUUUUAUAACAAAGGUUAUAGAUUUGGAGUUGGUGCAAUUCUAAUACCGCUUUGUGAAAUUUUCUUGUAAUAAAAAGCAUUUACUAUUUUUCCUGAGGGAUAUUCUCUAUAUGUUAGUCUUGUUUGUCCCAGACAGAUGUAUUUUUCAACGAAGGAAAUAUUGUGGUCAUUUGUCCGGAAUUUGUAGAUGGCCUUUACGUUUUUAUGUUGUAUGCUUUACACCAUAUAGAAAGUUUCUUUGUUAGGUGAUGUUUGUCACGAUUUGAAACAAACGACUGUGCCGACAGCAUUGGACUAGUCUUUUGCUUUUCAGGCGUACGUGUGUUAAACACUACAAUGUAAAAAUAAACAUUUCAUAUGAAAUGAGAUUAUGCUUUCAAAAUUUGUUUGCCAUCAUUAGUUUUUAUUGACAGGAAACAAGUGCACCUAACAUUUUAAUCCUUCAAAAUACAGUAUUCUUGGAGUUCUUGAAAAAUGUAAAGACCAUUUAAAAAUUAUUUUUUCUGCAUUUACUAUAUUAAGUUAUGUGAUUAGAUGAAAUUAUAAUUUUUGUUCUGUGUACUACUAACAAUAUUUCUUCUAAAUUUUAAAUAAAAAAAUUGUUUCUAUUUGCUGAAAAUACAGGUCAAAAUUACAGAAAAGAUAAUCUGUAUUUUUUAAGACCUCAGAGUUUAUAUUCAUGUUAUAAGAAAAAUUAUAUUUUUUGUGAUAUCCUGGAGUUUUCUCUCAGUUUUCAUGUGUCUUGUCAUGCUGUCUGUCUCUUUCACAUUGCUGUUGGAUGACUUUGUCCCUCCUGAGGUUUGAUUUUAUUCAGAAAUGCUGAUUAAAGGACAAUUUGGAAUGCUCUCUGAAUUUGAUUUGCAGCUGUAUGUAUUUCAGGAAGACAA